AUGUCGCCGCCGUUGGCUGAGUCCGGUGGGAAACAUUGUUCCUGCCGUGGAAUACGCGGGAGGUUCAGAAAACACAAAUAUAGCGGGUGGGUCCAGUCGAUUAUCCAGCUACCUGGCUCAUUGAUCGUAACAAAUCUUCCAUUCACCGGAAGCCCAAAUUGCAUGCUAAAGGAAGCAACCCGGCCUCUAACCGGUCCCCCCGUACCAAAGCUACUAGAGGAGUAUCUUUGCCCCGUACUUCCAUUCAAAGAUCCUAUAGCAGCUAGAAGAUCUUUGCUUCCAUUCACACAACUUUCAACGAGGCUUCAGGUCGUCUCACAGCCUGUGAGCAAGAAGCAACAUCAGCUGUGGAGGAGCCAACAACGUGGAGAAAUGGUCACUACAAAGUUGCUGACACUCGUGAUGGUGAUAAAGCAGCAUCGGAUCCUAUUGGGGAUGAAGAAGCGGGGAUUUGGGGCUGGUCGGUGGAAUGGGUUUGGAGGAAAGGUGCAGCCUGGAGAAACCAUAGAGGAAGGAGCAAAGAGGGAAUUAUUUGAAGAAAGUAGUCUGACUGUGCAUAGCUUGGAAAAAAUUGGACGGAUCCUCUUCGAAUUUGUCGGUGAGACUGAACUUAUGGACGUUCACAUAUUCCGAACAGACAGUUACCAAGGCGAACCAGAGGAAUCGGAAGAGAUGCGCCCACAGUGGUUUGACCUGGAUAAGCUCCCAUUCAAUGAGAUGUGGCCCGAUGAUUCCCUCUGGUUCCCUCUGAUGAUUCAGAAAAAGAUGUUCAGGGGCUAUUUCAAGUUUGAAGGACACAACAACAUCCUUGACUACACACUGAAGGAAGUGGAUGAUCUGGCAACUGACAAGGGAUCCUGAUUCUUCCACACACAAAUGAGGGUUGGGCUGGGGUUAUUUUAUGGUGAACUGUUUGUAAAAUACGGUUUUGCAAAACGGCUUCUAACAAUUUUGUUAACAGCUUUCAUUUCUGUUAAUGGGAGAACUAAAUGCUAGUAUUUUUUUAAAUAUUCUUUCUUUUUGGCUUAAUAGAUGAUGUAAGAUUAAUCAUCCAAAUGUAGUUGCGAUGGCGAUCUCAUCCCGUCAGCCGCGCCUGCACAGUUGGGAGAGGGUUGCCUGGCCCGGUAUCCGCAUGUGUGCAGUUGGGGAAGGGUUGGCGGGCCUAGCGCCAUUUUCAGUUGUGACGCGGCCAACAGGCCCGGCAGGUGGUUGAUUAAAGUCUAUCCCCGUUGUGGCGCCUUAAAACAUUUCAGAUUAAAAUAUUCACAACAUAUGUAAAAAUUAAAUCUGCCAUCUUUGGUGCUUCUUUCCAAUCCACAGCUAAUGAUAUAAAUUAUUUAAAAAAUAAUCUUUGCUUAUACAAUUCUGCAAUAUUCCCAUUAAAAAAAACAGCAAAUGCACAUAUACAGGUUCUGUCUUCAGAAAAAGUCUUAUUGGAAUAUAACUAUUAGUGGAUACCUUUAUUCCUGGUUCAAACCUAUACGACCCGUGGUCUUGUUGGGAAAUGGAUUAAAAUGGCGAUCUGGAAAUCAGCAAAGACAGCCCUCCCCAAACUGCUCAGGUGCUGCUGAGGACCCGUUGGGUGCCCUUAGUGAUGCCAGUCAAGUAAACACGGAAGUAUUAGAUUAAAAAAAUUAAGUAGAUUAAAGUUUAUUAAGGGAAUUACUUUUUCAAAUUGAACAAAUCUUGAUACUGCACACCCCAGGCGAAUGGUGAGUAAGGUGGGCCUAAAAUUGGUGCGCUAUCGUGUACUGUUUUGGCUGUUUUUCAGGAACAAACAUACAUACAAGAUGAAACUUUUAGUUUUACAUAUAUAACAUAUAUUUAUAUUAGAUGACCAUUGGGUCCCCGUUGUGACGCCAGAGGUCCCCGUUGUGAUGCCAGUCAUAUUGGCGAUCUGAAAAUGGCGGCAGGCCUGGCAGCCCUCCCCCAACUGCACUCACGGAUACCAGGCACAGCAAACCUCCCCCAACUGCGCCGGCACGACUGACGGGGCCGGCAAGUGGGAGCGCUGUGCCAUUCGCGGUAUAAAGUAAAUUAAAGUUUUUUAAUGGAA